AUGUUGACAGGAUACAGAGCAGCGCGAUCAGCACUCAGACCUCUCAAGGGAGUCUCAGCUCAACAAAAGAGAAAUCUAUCAAUUCACGAAUAUCAAUCUGUUCAAUUACUUAACUCUUAUGGAAUCCCCACUCCUAAAGCCGUACCUGCUUUCUCCGCAGAUGAGGCAGAGUCAGUAGCUAAGAACUUUGGCAAAGACCAACUUGUGAUCAAAGCUCAAGUUUUAGCUGGUGGAAGAGGAAAAGGUCAUUUCGAUUCUGGCUUCCAGGGAGGUGUGCAAAUGGUUGAUUCCCCCGCUCAAGCUAAAGAUUACGCAUCAAAAAUGCUCGGACACAAAUUGAUCACUAAACAAACUGGGGCCGGUGGAAGAAUCUGUAACGCAGUAAUGUUAGCAGAACGUAUGCCACCUCAAAAAGAAUUCUACGCAGCUGUAUUAAAUGACAGAGCAAGAGGCUCACCCGUCUUGGUCACUUCUUCUCAAGGUGGAAUGAACAUUGAAGAUGUAGCUCACAAUACCCCAGAAGCCAUCAUCACAACUGCUUUAGAUUUCGAAAAUGGUAUUUCAGACGGAGAAGCUUUGGACUUGGCUAAAAAAUUAGGUUUCCAAGAAUCUUCUCAAAAAAACGCAGCAGAUACUUUCCAGAAAUUAUACACAAUCUUCAAGGAAAAAGAUGCUACUCAAAUUGAAAUUAACCCUUUGGCUGAAUUAUCGGAUGGCCAAGUCUUAUGUAUGGAUGCCAAAUUCGGUUUCGACGACAACGCCGAUUUCAGACAAAAAGAUGUAUUCAAGCUCCGAGAUACCACUCAAGAGGAUCCUCAAGAAGUCGAGGCUGCCGAGUACGGCCUCAAUUUCAUCAAACUCGAUGGCGAUAUUGGAUGUCUCGUCAACGGUGCCGGUCUCGCUAUGGCUACUAUGGAUGUAUUGAACCUUCACGGUGGUUCUCCCGCUAACUUCCUCGACGUUGGUGGUGGUGCUACUGCCGAUGCUGUCAAGAAAGCUUUCGAGCUUUUAUUGUCUUCAAGCAACGUCAAAUCAAUUUUCGUUAACAUCUUUGGUGGUAUCAUGCGAUGCGAUGUCAUCGCUGAAGGUAUCAUCAAGGCUACCAAAGAACUUGAAUUGAGCAUUCCUUUAGUUGUCAGAUUACAAGGUACCAAAGAGGCUGAAGCUAAAAAGAUGAUCAAGGAAUCAGGAUUGAAGAUUUUCCCAUUCGAUGGUCUCGAUGAAGCUGCUGCUAAAGCUGUCGAAGCGGCUAAAUCAGGUUAA